AGGACUCCAGCGGCCCCGAGGGAGGAGCCCAGUCCCUCUCCCACGGUUUUUCUGUGUGUGCCUAGGCGGCCGCUGGCUGGGCAGUUUGCCGUUCCUGGGGGCGGGCACUCAUGCCAGCCUGGCUGGCAGGCAGGCGGCCCUUGGAGGUCUCAGUUUGGGAGAGGAGGCCCGCCAGAGAGCCAGUUCUUGCUCGCCCUUUCUCUUUUUGAGACAAGCUGGGCGGGUGACCCUCAUUGGUGUCAGGCUUAGGGUUGAACACAUUGCCAAAGGAACCACCGCCUGUGCCAUUUUUCACACUCCUCCAACCAGCGCGGGUGGAAAAGGAACCGGGAAGUGCCAAGGACAGGGACAUUGGGGUUUAUGGAGGCACGCCUACCCAAGGCAGUAUUCUUCUGGUUUACUUCUCCUCUGGCUUCCUGAAUCAUCUGUUGGGAUGGAAGAAAUAGAAAAGUUUCAGAAGGGAGAAGCCAAGGAUGAAGAGAAGUACAUUGAUGUGGUGAUAAACAAGAACAUGAAGCUGGGACAGAAAGUGUUGAUUCCUGUAAAGCAGUUUCCCAAGUUCAACUUUGUGGGGAAGCUUUUGGGUCCACGUGGCAAUUCCCUGAAGCGCUUACAAGAAGAAACGUUGACAAAAAUGUCCAUCCUUGGCAAAGGUUCCAUGAGAGACAAGGCAAAGGAGGAGGAGCUGAGGAAAAGUGGAGAAGCGAAGUACUUUCACCUCAAUGACGACCUGCACGUGCUCAUUGAAGUGUUCGCGCCCCCAGCGGAAGCUUAUGCCCGGAUGGGGCAUGCCUUGGAAGAGAUUAAGAAGUUCCUGAUCCCUGACUAUAAUGAUGAAAUCAGGCAAGCACAGCUCCAGGAAUUAACUUAUUUGAAUGGAGGUUCAGAAAAUGCAGAUGUCCCAGUGGUUCGAGGGAAAUCAACUUUGCGUACGAGAGGUGUAACGACACCAGCAAUAACCAGGGGAAGAGGAGGAGUCACAGCCAGGCCUGUUGCAGUUGGGGUACCACGUGGGACACCGACUCCCCGAGGAGUCCUUUCCACCCGAGGGCCAGUGAGCCGGGGAAGAGGACUUCUCACUCCCAGAGCAAGAGGUGUCCCCCCAACUGGAUACAGACCUCCACCGCCACCCCCAACACAGGAGACCUAUGGAGAGUAUGACUAUGACGAUGGGUACAGUACAGCAUAUGAUGACCAGAGCUACGACUCCUAUGACAACAGCUACAGCACCCCAGCACAAAGCGGAGCGGAUUACUAUGAUUACGGGCAUGGACUCGGCGAGGAGGCUUAUGAUUCCUAUGGGCAAGAGGACUGGACUAACUCAAGACAUAAGGCUCCUUCGGCGAGGACAGCGAAGGGCGUCUACAGAGAGCAGCCAUAUGGCAGAUACUGACUGUACUGUCUGAUGUUGUGAAAUAGCCAAUCUCCACCGUCCUGUAUACUGUUCAAAGUAAUUGUUUUCUAUGACCAAUCCCUUUUUAAAUAAAUCAAAAUGCUUAAAAUCUGAACGGAUGGAACUUAAAGCCACUUUGUUGAAGCAUCCACUUGGCAGGGAGAAGAAGGACAUGUAAAAUUUUGUUAUUUGCAGUCUGUAUAUGAAAGCUAGGUUAUGAAAAGGAAAAAAAAUAACUUUGAUUAACUAGUGUUAAACAAAAAGAUAGGUUUACUAAAUAUGUUAAUCCAUUCUUUAACAUAAGCCUCACCUUUCAUUUUAAAGGUUUCCAUAGAAUUUAGUUAUUUUAUCUUUCAGCCAUAUGCUAGUUUUUUUUUCUUUCUUUCUUUCUUUCUUGCCAACUUGCGUGAAAAGGGAGCCAAUUACAAGUGCAGACAAUGUGGUUUCUUUUGUAACUGAGUCCUGAAAUGUUCUGUAGUGUUAGGCAAAGUCUCCUCUUGCUUGAUACUAAAUAAACUUUUGAAAGAAA